AUGUGUUUGGAUUCUAGUCGUGUCUCGUGUGGACACACAAAGAUUAUUCCAUUUUUUUUAAUUUUCUCCUAAAAAAAAUAAAAAAUAAUAAUAAUUCGUUUUUCAUUUUUCCGGUUCUAAGAGGAGACAGCAGUGUAAUUUUUACUCGAAUUCCUAUUAAGUAAAAAAAAAUCUGCACAAAAAUGGGUGCAAAUCAAUCAUCGGCUGAAACCCGUAGUGUCUCCAUGGAUAAUCCAACACCAUCAGGUGUGAUUGAUGUAUCUGACGAGGUUGUGCAACGACUUAAGUUGGGAAUCAGCAAAGCAAAACAACAAGAAAAACAAGAAGCCAAAAAGCCAGAAACUGCACGUGCUGUCCCAAUAACUGAACCUAAACGAGCUCCACCAGCACCAGCAGCAGCACCAUCACCAUCACCAUCGGUCAUACCGAAACCAGCAAUAGCGCCUGCACCUCUUCCAAAAACAACAUAUUCAAAUCCAACACCUGCAGCAGCAGCUAUGUCACCAUAUCCACGACUUGCAGGUGAACCAACUGUUACUGCCAUGGAAAUGCGUCGUCAAAAAGAAAUCGAACUUCGUGAAAACGAUCAAAUAUGGCGAACUCGCAUUGCCAAACUUGAACAAACUCUUAACAAAACAAACGAUGUCAUGGAAAAGGAAUAUUCCGCUGCCAUCGAAGAUGUCCGAAAGCGAUUUGCUAAUGUUUCAGGUAUUCAUCAAUUGCCACCAUGCCAAGAUCUAAAAGCUCAACUCAUUGCUUGCUAUCGUGCCUAUCCGAAUGAGACAUUGAAAUGUGCUGAAGAAGUGGCAAUGUUUAGAAAUUGUGUUGCAGUUCAUCGCAUCAAGAGACUGGACAGCGAACAGCAGCCCGCUGCUAAAGGUGCUUAAUAAAAUAUGUUGUCAGUCCUGUGGUGUAGUUGUGUUCUAUAGCAAGUUGAAAUAAAUUAAAAAAAAAAAAAAAACGAUAAA